AUGCCUCGUCGGAUAUUUAAAAACCUCGUCAUCGCCGCAGCAGGCCCUCUUCCCGGCCAACUCACCGUCGACAGCCUUCGACAAUGGACUACAAUCCGGAAAGGAGUCUUCAUCGAGGGCUUUGACGAGCACGUCACGCAUCUCCUAUGCACUCGAGAGCAGUUUAAUCAAAAACUUCCAAGAAUCAAAGAGGCGCUGGCCAGAGGAAAACAACAACACAUUGUCCACUGCGACUGGUUCGAGAUAUCCGCCGUUAAUGACAAGAAACAGCCUGAGAGAGACUAUUCCAUGAGAAACAUUCUCGCGAAACAAAACGCCGCGAAGAGAGAAUUAGCUCGGAUUGAGAAAGGGAAGAGAGAGGGCGAAAGGGCCGUCAAUACCAAUUUGUUCCACAUUUACAUCGAUCGAGAGUUUUUCUCAUAUCAAAUCGACAUAAACCGCGAUGACGACGAAAAGGGAGAGUUAGGGCAACGAUAUACUCUAUAUCUCUGGGAAUCCAAUGCCAAGCCCCAUCUCUACUGGUUCACCGCCAAAUUUAUGAAGAAGAAAGGAGACAGUCAGCCCAGCUUCCACCGUCCAAGCCCCUGCUCCGGUCCAUGGCGCCGAGAAAUGGAUCUCUUCAUGGACUUUUUCCGCAUCAAGACGGGCAUCGAGUGGCAAGAUCGCGUGUUGGGGCAGAAAACCAUGCCGAAGUCGUUCUUCCAGUAUUCACCGCCGAUAGGCGGAAAACCCGUCGGACGCCGUCUUCGAUUUUGCUACGAUUAUUGUCUGGAAAUCAACGCCCAGCAGCGAGGCUUGCCUUGGCCUCCUAUAGAAGAGUCAGUUGAAGCCAACGAUGAAGAAGCAGCUGAAGCCAAAGAUGAAGAAAUAGCCGAAGACAUAGACGAGGACGCGGUGACGGAGCUACAAAGCCAAGCCAUGGAUGUUUGCGCUCAUGAUGCCAUUCCUGUUGAUGAAGUCUACUUUGAAUCAAACUCCCAGUCUCCUUCAGAAUUCAGCGUCAAGGAUGAUGACGAAGAGAGCCGUGUCUCGGGAGACAAGAUUGAAACGGAAGAGUAUGUAAUGUCUCAAGAAGUCGAGGAGAUGGAGGAGGGCGAAGAAGUACCGAAACAACCGCAAUCUGGUGUGUAUCUGAUGUGA